AUGACGGCGUCUCCUGACUACCUGGUGAUCCUCUUCGUGACUACGGCGGGCAGCAACGGGGCAAGGCUGGGCUCGGAUGAACGAGAGCUCCUCCAGCUCCUGUGGAAAGUAGUCGACCUGAGGAGUAAGGAGCUGGGGCACCUGCACGACGUGCUGGUCCGGCCUGACCACCCGGAGCUGACGGCUGAAUGCCAGGAGAUCACCCAGGUGGAUGUGGAGAGCCUAGCAUUGGCUCCACCGCUGGAGCAGGCAUUGAGACAGUUUAAUCAGUCCGUGAGCAAUGAGCUGAACAUUGGUGUAGGUACUUCUUUCUGUUUCUGUACUGAUGGACAGUUGCACAUAAGGCAGGUUCUGCACCCUGAAGCUUCCAAAAAGAAUAUCUUGCUGCCUGAAUGCUUCUACUCCUUUUUUGACUUGCGGAAAGAGUUCAAGAAGUGUUGCCCUGGCUCACCCGACGUUAGCAAACUCAGUGUUGCGGCCAUGACAGAAUAUUUAAAUCUUGACAAGAACAGUCCAGCGUUUUCCUAUGGAGCCUCUCAAGUUGAAGAUAUGGGGAAUAUUAUUUUGACACUAAUAUCUGAACCAUACAAUCACAGAUUUUCAGAUCCAGAAAGAGUGAACUACAAAUUUGAAAGUGGGCCUUGCAGCAAGAUGGAACUUGUAGAUGACAACGCUGUUAUCCGAGCAAGAGGAUUGCCAUGGCAGUCGUCUGACCAGGACAUAGCAAGAUUCUUCAAAGGAUUAAAUAUUGCCAAGGGAGGUGCUGCGCUCUGUCUCAAUGCUCAAGGUAGGAGGAAUGGGGAGGCUCUUGUGAGGUUCGUCAGCGAAGAGCAUAGAGAUCUAGCUCUACAAAGGCACAAACAUCACAUGGGAAAUCGAUAUAUUGAGGUAUACAAGGCAACAGGUGAAGACUUCCUUAAAAUUGCAGGAGGCACUUCCAAUGAGGUUGCACAGUUCUUGUCAAAAGAAAACCAAGUGAUUGUCAGGAUGCGAGGUCUUCCAUUCAAUGUAACAACAGAAGAAGUGCUGACAUUCUUCGGCCAGCACUGCCCUGUAACAGGAGGAAAGGAGGGAGUCUUGUUUGUCACGUACCCUGACAGCAGGCCAACAGGGGAUGCCUUUGUGUUGUUUGCUUGUGAGGAAUAUGCACAAAAUGCUCUGAAAAAGCAUAAGGACUUGCUGGGGAAAAGGUACAUUGAGCUCUUCAGGAGUACCGCAGCAGAAGUAAAAAGGGUGCUGAACAGGUACUCUUCCACGCCUCUUAUUCCUCUCCCAACACCUCCUAUUCUUCCAGUAUUACCUCAACAAUUUGUGCCUCCCACUAACGUCAGAGACUGCAUACGUCUGCGUGGUCUUCCCUAUGCUGCUACUAUAGAGGACAUCCUGGAGUUCUUGGGGGAGUUUUCUACAGAUAUUCGGACCCAUGGAGUUCACAUGGUACUAAAUCACCAGGGGCGUCCAUCCGGAGAUGCUUUUAUUCAGAUGAAAUCUGCAGACCGAGCUUACCUGGCAGCACAGAAAUGUCACAAGAAGACUAUGAAGGACAGAUAUGUUGAAGUCUUUCAAUGUUCUGCUGAGGAGAUGAACUUUGUAUUAAUGGGGGGCACUUUAAAUCGAAAUGGCUUGUCCCCGCCACCAUGUAAGUUACCAUGCCUUUCACCCCCUUCUUACUCCUUUCCGGCUCCUGCUGCAGUUGUGCCAACAGAAGCUGCUCUGUAUCAGCCAUCCAUGCUCCUGAACCCACGCACACUCCAGCCCUCCACGGCGUACUACCCUGCUGGGGCUCAGCUCUUCAUGAACUACACGGCGUACUACCCCAGGUAA